AUGCAACUGUCCCUGAGCGCCCUGACGGAAGGCCGGCUGAUUACCAAGAGGAACAUCUACUAUCAGGACACCGAUUUAUUCAAAAGACAGUCCAUCGUCGACAACCUCGUUGAUGACCUUGCCUUUACGCUGGGCCUCGGGAGGGAGGACCUCGGUAUAGGGAUCCUCAUACCCUCAGCCAGGACUGUCUCCGAAAUUGACUUUGGCAACGUAUCGGACACUGGCAUCGGCGAGGGCAAAGGUUACCCAGAUUUGAACACCAAGCAGUUCGUACACCUUCUGCACACAGCCAAACCUGAGCUUCCAAUUUUCGCUCUUGUGGACUUCGACUGCUAUGGUAUUGCCAUCAUGCGCUGCUACAGCUACGGCACACGGGGACAUGCACACGAAAAGGCAACGACUGUACCUAGCAUGCAGUGGCUCGGCAUAAAAAGCGACGAUCUCGCAUUCCGUCAGGAUGCAACCCCUAGCCACGGGCCCGAUAUUAACGGCAGCCAAAGGCGGCCUGGUGCGAGCUUGUUCGACUCUACUAGCUCUCUUACGCUGCGAGAUAGAACGCGCGCUAUCAACACGAUCAAGGAAAUCGAAGAGGACGGCACCGAAAAUGAUCAAGAUUGCCGACGAGAACUACAGGUGAUGCUGUUUCUCGGCAUCAAGGCAGAGAUCCAAGCUGUGGACAAUGCAGGAGACAUGUCGAGAUGGCUCGAUGAGCACUUGGGAACUUUCUGA